GCUGUCAGUCGGUGCCGCGGAGCCGGGUCCAUGGGGCCGCAGUGAGGAGCCGGCCAGGCCCCCGCCCCCGCCCCCGGCCCGGACAUGGCCGACCCGGCCCCCGCCCGCAGCCUGGAUGACAUCGACCUCUCCGCCCUCAGGGACCCUGCCGGCAUAUUCGAACUGGUGGAGGUGGUUGGGAACGGGACGUAUGGACAGGUCUACAAGGGCCGCCAUGUCAAGACAGGGCAGCUGGCAGCCAUCAAAGUCAUGGACGUCACCGAGGACGAGGAGGAGGAAAUCAAGCAGGAGAUCAACAUGCUGAAGAAAUACUCCCACCACCGCAACAUCGCCACCUACUACGGCGCCUUCAUCAAGAAGAGCCCGCCCGGGAACGACGACCAGCUGUGGCUGGUGAUGGAGUUCUGCGGCGCCGGCUCCGUCACGGACCUGGUGAAGAACACCAAGGGCAACGCGCUGAAGGAGGACUGCAUCGCCUACGUCUGCCGGGAGAUCCUGCGGGGCCUGGCUCACCUGCACGCCCACAAGGUGAUCCACCGGGACAUCAAGGGGCAGAACGUGCUGCUGACGGAGAACGCCGAGGUCAAGCUGGUGGAUUUCGGGGUGAGCGCCCAGCUGGACCGGACGGUGGGGCGCAGGAACACCUUCAUCGGCACCCCCUACUGGAUGGCCCCCGAGGUGAUCGCCUGUGACGAGAACCCCGACGCCACCUACGACUACAGGAGCGACAUCUGGUCCCUGGGCAUCACAGCUAUCGAGAUGGCCGAGGGAGCACCACCUCUGUGCGACAUGCACCCGAUGCGAGCGCUGUUCCUCAUCCCCCGCAACCCACCGCCAAAGCUCAAGUCCAAGAAAUGGUCCAAGAAAUUCAUCGACUUCAUAGACACCUGCCUGAUCAAAGCCUACAUGAGCCGCCCACCCACGGAGCAGCUGCUGAAAUAUCCCUUCAUCCGCGACCAGCCCACGGAGCGCCAGGUCCGCAUCCAGCUCAAGGACCACAUCGACCGCUCCCGCAAGAAGAGAGGAGAGAAGGACGAGACGGAGUACGAGUACAGCGGCAGCGAGGAGGAGGACGACAGCCACGGGGAGGAAGGGGAGCCCAGCUCCAUCAUGAACGUGCCGGGCGAGUCGACGCUGCGGCGCGAGUUCCUGCGCCUGCAGCAGGAGAACAAGAGCCACUCGGAGGCGGCGCUGAAGCACCAGCAGCAGCUGGCGGCCCAGCACCGCGACUCCGAGGCCCACAUCAAACAGCUGCUGCACGAGCGCCAGCGCCGCAUCGAGGAGCAGAAGGAGGAGCGCCGGCGCGUGGAGGAGCAGCAGCGGCGGGAGCGGGAGCAGCGGAAGCUGCAGGAGAAGGAGCAGCGGCGGCUGGAGGACAUGCAGGUGCUGCGGCGGGAGGAGGAGCGGAGGCAGGCUGAGCGCGAGCAGGAGUACAAGCGGAAGCAGCUGGAGGAGCAGCGGCAGUCGGAGCGGCUGCAGCGCCAGCUGCAGCAGGAACACGCCUACCUGAAGUCCCUGCAGCAGCAGCAGCAGCUCCAGAAGCAGCAGCAGGGGGCGCCGGCGAGCGAGAAGAAACCGCUCUACCACUACAACCGGAGCGGCGCCCACGCCGCCGACAAGCCCGCCUGGGCCCGGGAGGUGGAGGAGCGGACGCGGCUAAACAAGCAGAACUCGCCGGCGGCGCAGGCCAAGCUGGGCGGCACCGCGUCCGACCCGGCCCUGCAGACGCGCUCGGAGUCCGUGGCCCUGGGCUCCGGCCCCGCGGCCCAGAGCCCCCCCAUGCAGCGCCCCGUCGAGCCGCAGGAGGGGCAGCACAAGAGCCACCUGGCGCACCGCGUGCCGCUGAAGCCCUACGCCGCGCCGGUGCCGCGCUCCCAGUCCCUGCAGGACCAGCCCACCAAGAACGUGGCGGCCUUCCCGGUGCAGGACCCGGCGCCCCCCCGCGCCCCCAUGAUCCGCCAGAACUCGGACCCCACCUCGGAGACGCCCGGCCCGCCCGCCCGGCCCGGCCCCCCCGACCCGGGGGCCUGGCGCGCCGAGCUGGAGGCCCCGCCCACGGUGCCCCAGCGAACGUCGUCCAUCGCCACCACGCUCAACGCCAGCGGGGUCGGGGGCGGCGCCCGGCAGGGCCACGCUGUCAGAGCCAGCAACCCGGACCUGCGGCGCAGCGACCCCGGCUGGGAGCGAGCCGACAGCCUGCUGCAGGCGGGCAGCGCCAACCUGCCCCAAGCCGGCUCCCUGGAGCGCAACCGCAUAGGGGCCGCGUCCAAGAGGGAGACCUCCCCCAUCCUGCCCCCGGUCAGCAAGCCCAAGGUGGAGGAUCACCGCUCGCGCCCCGGCCGGCCCGCGAGCUAUAAACGCGCCAUCGGCGAGAACUUUGUGCUGCUGAAGGAGCGGCCUGAGGAGCCCCCCAAGCCCCCCAAGAAGGCCAUGGACUAUUCCUCCUCCAGCGAGGAGCCGGACAGCAGCGAGGAGGACGACGAGGAGGCCGAGGGGGAGCCGCAGGACGGGGCGGGGGAGCCCGCCGGGGCCAGGCCGAGCGGGGACGGCGACACGGACAGCGUCAGCACCAUGGUGGUGCACGAGGUGGAGGAGCCGUCGGGCAGCGGGUCGGAGAGCGGCUCCUACGGCGGGGACGGCACCGUGCUGGUGCAGCGGACCCCCGAGGAGGAGCGCAGCCGGCUCCACGCCGACAGCAACGGCUACACCAACCUGCCGGACGUGGUGCAGCCCAGCCACUCGCCCACCGAGCCCAAGGGCCAGGGCUCCCCCGCCAAGGACAGCGCCGGCGACUACCAGUCGCGGGGGCUGGUCAAGGCCCCUGGCAAAAGCUCCUUCACCAUGUUCGUGGACCUGGGCAUCUACCAGACCACGGGCAGCGGGGACACCGUCCCCAUCACCGCGCUGGUGGGGGCCGACCCCAGGCAGCUGGAGCAGCUGCAGCUGGAGGUGCGCAAGGGCUCGGUGGUGAACGUGAACCCCACAAACACGCGGCCCCACAGCGACACCCCCGAGAUCCGCAAGUACAAGAAGCGUUUCAACUCGGAGAUCCUGUGCGCCGCCCUGUGGGGGGUGAACCUGCUGGUGGGGACGGAGAACGGGCUGAUGCUGCUGGAUCGCAGCGGGCAGGGCCGGGUCUACGGGCUCAUCAGCCGCCGCCGCUUCCAGCAGAUGGACGUGCUGGAGGGGCUCAACCUGCUCACCACCAUCUCGGGGAAGAGGAACAAGCUGCGGGUCUAUUACCUGUCCUGGCUGCGCAACAAGAUCCUGCACAACGACCCCGAGGUGGAGAAGAAGCAGGGCUGGACCACCGUGGGCGACAUGGAGGGCUGCGUGCACUACCGCGUGGUGAAGUACGAGCGCAUCAAGUUCCUGGUGAUCGCCCUGAAGAACUCGGUCGAGGUCUACGCCUGGGCCCCCAAACCCUACCACAAGUUCAUGGCCUUCAAGUCCUUCGCAGACCUGCCGCACCGGCCGCUACUGGUGGAGCUGACAGUGGAGGAGGGUCAGAGGUUAAAGGUCAUUUACGGGUCGUGCGCCGGGUUCCACGCCAUUGACGUGGACUCGGGAAACAACUACGACAUCUACAUCCCCGUGCACAUCCAGACGCAGGUCACGCCCCACGCCAUCAUCUUCCUGCCCCACACGGAGGGGAUGGAGAUGCUGCUCUGCUACGAGGACGAGGGCGUCUACGUCAACACCUACGGGCGCAUCAUCAAGGACGUGGUGCUGCAGUGGGGGGAGAUGCCCACCUCCGUGGCAUACAUCUGCUCCAACCAGAUCAUGGGCUGGGGCGAGAAGGCCAUCGAGAUCCGCUCCGUGGAGACGGGGCACCUGGACGGGGUUUUCAUGCACAAGCGGGCCCAGCGCCUCAAGUUCCUGUGUGAGCGCAACGACAAGGUUUUCUUCGCCUCCGUCCGCUCGGGGGGCAGCAGCCAGGUUUACUUCAUGACACUCAACAGAAACUGUAUCAUGAACUGGUAAGGCCCCGCCCCCAGCGCUGGCCCCGCCCCCAGCGCUGGCCCCGCCCCUGGAGGGAAGGGGCGGGGCCGCCUCCGACACUGGAUCCCUACGCCAGAGACUCCGCCCCCACAGCCAGCGAGGAUCAGGACCGACCAAUCAGCAGAACCGAUGCCUUGAUCACCUUCCCCCUCACCCGUGUCUGAUGCUGCUUGGGGGGGGGGCCUCUCCAUGGUGACAGUGUCCCUCCCCCUUUGACUGACUGACAGACAGACUGACUGACUGACGGCCCCCGCUUCGCUCGCCCCUCCCCUGACUCCAUGGGGACCUGCUCUGUUCAUAGCCUGACCGAAAUCUCCACGCCGGGCCAGGGGUCCCCGGGUCACCGGCCGCCCCGCCCCAGAGGUGGGCGCAUCUCAGCGCUGGGCGAGGGGUCCCUGGGUAACCGGCCGCCCCGCCCCAGAGGUGGCUGCAUCUCAGCGCCGGGCCAGGGGUCCCCGGGUCACCGGCCGCCCCGCCCCAGAGGUGGCUGCAUCUCAGCGCCGGGCCAGGUGUCCCUGGGUCACCGGCCACCCCGCCCCAGAGGUGGCCGCAUCUCGGCGCCUGGCGAGGGGUCCCAGGCAUGUGUGGGGUGACAGGCGAACUCCCCUGUGAAACACAAGGAGGGAGGUGGCCGGAGGCCUAGGCUGGGGCACCCAGUUGUCGCUGUGGGUCGCUGCACCGGCCACGGCCCCUGUGGAGGGGACUCGGAACAGCAGGGGGGCGCAGACCCAUUGCUUUGUGCCAAUUUCGCUUUGCUUAAGGGUGGAGGCGUGGGGCGGGGCUGGGGCCUUUUCAUCCCCCCGGGUGGGGAACUCCCAGAGCAGCCCCCCAACUGCCUCGUGCGCCCCCAGAACUCCUCCCCUGGGCCGGGCCGAUGGGGCGACUCGCCCCGGGCGUCUGGGGAGGCCGAAUGUACAGGGGGACACGGGGGGGCCUGGUCCCUCUGGGCUCUGUGUAUAUUUUGCUUUAAUUAUUUUUAUUUUGUAACAAUGAUUCAUUGACAAAGCACUUUAAAGCCCCGACUGCGUCUUAUGGGGGGCCGGGAGUGCCCCCCAGGGCAGAUUUGGGGUUAUUCUCAAACUGACCUAGGAGAGUUGGUCCCAGGGCAGGGACUGGCUGGCUCAGGGGGGCGGGGAAUGGGGCAGGGGCCUGUCCCCUCUGGGGGGCGCCGGCUCCCACCCGGCCCCAGGGCAGGGACU